AUACUGAGUGGCUCAGAGGAGUACCAUCAACAGCAGAUGGGUGGAUGUUUGUGUUCUCCCUGGGGCUGUUUCAUUAGCUUCCUGUCACCAAGGAGAUGCUCAGGGUGAUGACUUUUCUUUUACAGAACAAGAAGGCAGUGCUGUCCAUCACCACUGGUGGUAGCGACUCCAUGUACUCUCUGCAGGGAGUCCACAGGGACAUGAACAUCAUUCUCUGGCCAAUUCAGAGUGGCACUCUGCAUUUCUGUGGCUUCCAGGUCUUAGAACCUCAACUGACAUACAGCAUUGGGCACAUUCCCGCGGAUGCCCGACUUCAGGUCCUGGAAGGAUGGAAGAAACGCCUGGAGAAUAUCUGGGAUGAGACUCCACUAUAUUUUGCUCCAAGUAGUUUCUUUGACCUAAACUUUCAGGCAGGAUUCUUAAUGAAAAAGGAGGUCCAGGAAGAGCAGAAAGCUAAGAAGUUUGGCCUUUCUGUGGGCCAUCACUUGGGCAAGUCCAUUCCAACUGACAACCAGAUCAAAGCCAGAGAAUAAGACUCACAAGGCUUGAUUUUCUUCUAAAAUGUAGCCAAGUCUAGGUUUCUUCUUCAGGCUUCCUUUAGUUUUUAAGAUUUGUGCCUUUCUUUUUCCACGAGGAAUGAAUAUAAGAGAGAUUAGACUAUUCAUACAUUUUUCAAUAGUUUUUUUUAAAACAUAACUGAUUUUUACAAUUGCUAUCAUGGCAACAUCUGAUUAGGUUCAAGAGGCCAUUUAAAAUAUAAAGCAGGGAAAGGUGUAGAAAGGUGCUAGAAAAUAUUCUUUAAGGUCCUGUGUACAACUUAAUCCUUCUCUUAGGGACACAUUUUUAGGGUUAAAUCUGGCUACAAAACAUCUAACUCUUCAAUGAUCUAUUUUUCUUUUAAUUAUCUCUCUGUGGUUUGCAGCAAAAGGGAAUUGCCCAGAGAAAGCAAUGACUGAAUCGGUCAGACCUAAGGGACUUGUUUGUGAUAUGCAUUGGUUUUAAUUACUACAUAGUGACUGGUAUGGCUAAUCUGAGUGUUACUCUUCCUUUAACUUCUGUUGUUUGUAUACAGUACACACAGGUAUCUUGAAAUGAAAAGCUAAUAAAAGUCUCCUUUACCUCAA